AUGAGAUAUCUUGCGCUGGUCAGCGGUGGAAAGGAUAGUGUACAUGCCAUGCAUUGCCUUCAGCGCUUGGGACACCAUGUUGUAGGACUGCUGCACAUGAGAUGUGAGAAUGGAUACCAGGAUUCUUAUAUGUAUCAAACCGUUGGGUCUGAAGUAGCCAACCUACUUGGAGAGUGUCUGCGCGUUCCUGUCUUUAUAUGCCGAACAAGGUGCAGAAGUAUAAACCAGAGUCUACAGUAUGAUAGGGAGGAGGGAGACGAGGUUGAAGACCUUUAUGCGGCCAUCGCCCACGUCAAAGAAAAAAUAUGCUUUGAAGGUGUCUCAUCUGGAGCGAUUUUAUCCAGAUACCAAAAGAAUAGAGUUGAAAAUGUGUGUAACAGGUUAUCUCUCGAGUGCUUGUCUCCGCUUUGGGGGAUGGACCAGGAGAGUCUGCUUACUGAAAUGAUACUCAGCGGAAUGGAUGCAAGGAUAGUGAAGGUGGCAUCACCCCUUCUGGGGAGGGAAUGUAUAAACAUGAGCUUGGAUGAGGUCUAUGAGCGGUUGAAGACAUCGCCGAGUUCUGAGAUCAACUUUUGCGGAGAAGGAGGGGAGUAUGAGACGGUUGUUCUUGAUUGUCCCAUGUUCGAGAAAAGGAUCAGCAUAGACGAAUACGAGGCUUCUCCGCAUCCUGAAGAAGUGGGAAGAGAGGGGUGUGUGUUCCACAUGAGGAUUCUGAAGCUGAGCCUGGUUGAAAAGCAUGUCUAG